AUACAAUCCCCCGCAAUGGGCGUGGUUAGCUACGCUAUAAAGGAAAGUAUGUCUGGAGUUUCAUCAACCAUUACAAUGAGAGCAUCAGAAAAAGAGUUUGUCAUGCAGAACUCAGCCACUCAAUGCUAUGUUCUCUUCGCCUGGCUCGUCUUAUUUAGCUCCAGUCUACGAGGCUCCAGGGCUGUUCAGGAUUAUACAGGAACGAAUCAAACUCUACAGCUUGAGGCUAUUAAAACUAGUAUGCUGGAGUACUUGGGGAUGGACAGACCACCGCCGCCGCCGUCGUCUAGAGGAAGGUCGUCUUAUCAGGAACUAAUCAGAAUAUAUCGUCAAUACCAGAGCAUGAGGAAGAACAUGCAGCCUUUUCAGAGCGGCGCCAGUUUCUUCCUUCACACCACAGUGCAGCCAUUGAAUUCUCAGCAGAAUAGUCCUGAAUCAGUGACUCAAUGGUUCAGGGCUGUUUUUCACAGGGAGUCUCAUAUAACAGACGAGUUUCUCUUGGCACAAGCACAGCUGCGACUUCAAAGACCUCUGGAUAACAAUUUUGACCAACCACUACGCAAUCAGAAAACUCUGGUUAGAAUACACAUAACCACCCAUUCUCACAUGGAAAAGGUCUUCAGUUCCAAGAAAUGGCAAUCAAGAGGCCACAAUGUUACGAUGGACGUGACUUUUGCAGUGAACAGAUGGCUUGGGAAGACUAGCGACGCUUCGCUAAUCGUUGACAUCGGCUUUGUUAGAAACAAAGAAGGCGAAACCGAAUCCACUCCGCAGAUCUGUUUGGAACUUAAGCGAAUGGAUGGCAAGGUGAGGAAAGCUCGUUCCACGUUUGGGGAAAACUUGGAGGACGACAGCUACUGUAGUCGGAAAUCACUGAGCGUUUCCUUCGAGGAGAUAGGCUGGUCAGACUGGAUUGUGGCUCCUGCUGGCUACACAAUGUAUUUCUGUGACGGCUCUUGCCCACACAAUUACAAACCAGCCAGUAUGCACACUCAGAUAAAGUCACGUCUACAUCGCUUGACCAAAGGAGCGACGCCUCGCCCAUGUUGCGUGCCAGCUGACUACGAGCCCAUGAUUCUCAUGCACUACGAUAGCCGGGGAAAGCUAAAACUAACAUCCUUCAAUGAUUUGAUCGUUACCAAAUGCCACUGUGCCUGAAAUUUUUUAGGCUGGCACUUGCUUACAGCUGUGUGGGGAAACUUCUUUUAAAUUUCAAGAAAAUGGCGUUCAACAACGCUGUACACGGACACGGUUACAUUUCUAACAUUUCUCUGAUGGGACUCGCUGGAGAAAAUACACCUGGAUCCUCAGUAUUAAACGUAAAGAAAAAGCCUUCGUUUCACAUGUAAAGUUAUUAUUUAUUAUAACUUAUUAAUGAUAUUUUGUAUUCUUGUCUUUUCCUACGUUGUAGACGAGUAAGCCAUUUGUAUAAGUGACGCGUUUAGUAUUUAAAAAACAGUAUCUUGAAUAAUUGUGUUCAAUGUAAUUAAUUUAUUUCUGCUUGCUAUGUAUUUACUAUGUCAAAUAUCAUCCUUCCCUGUCCAUACUAUUGUUGUUGUCGAAUCAUUCUAAUACCAUUGUGUAUAAUGGCAGUCUUGCGUAAGUGUAUUCAGCUGAUUUUAAAGUAAACAAUCUGUUAUGAUAAUUUUUCAAGGUCAGGGAGUGCCAGUAAUCAAAGAUAUGACGAACUCUUUUACAGUACAAUAACCUUGGACAUAUAGUUUUCUACCCCACAUGGCCUUGACUAACAAGUGAGCCUGAGAAUGAAGCAUAGUUUCUGUAGCCAAAGUCACUUGAGCUAUACAUUUUACUGACCAAAGUAAUUGUAAAGCUCUCAUGUUUUUCAAAGAACUAAGAAAGCAAUAAGGAUACAAUUUGGAGUUGAGUCAUAAUUGAGGCAGCUAUGGCCUUAUUUUAUCACUGCGUGACCUCACAACAUCGAAUAUUGCUUGUGUCGCAAUAUACAUACCCAAUGAUAAAACAAUAACAAAAACCAUUAGUGAGCACCACUGAUUUUCAACUCAGCUCAUAAACUUUGACAGUCCAUCCUCUCAGUGGGUGAUAAGGAUCAUUCUGCAGUCAUUUCCAGUCAUGGGCAUCUGGUUAGGUCAUGCACACAAACCUAUCAGCUCAUGUAACACAUUCCUUCGGGGUGCUUAGAAAUCCCCUGACGUCACAUGAGCUGAAAUACUCUGGUAUUUGAACACAAGUGUCUCUAAGAACACGAAGCUUAGUCUCAUUUUUCCAGCAGGUAGAUAUGAUAGACAGUACUAUUUACCACUAAAAGCAAAAGCUUUACACUUCUCCAAUAUCUGUUAUCCCACUGUGUUCUACUAACCAGGACAUCUGAAGGAUAAAUGUGAAACAGCUAUAAAUUUUAAUGUCAAUUUUACUUGCAUUGUUGUUCAUGUUUUACACUGUACCAAUGUAAAUACACAUUUUUCUUGUAAAAAAAGAAAAAAAAACAGGGUAAAAUGCAUUUCUCCCAGCAUGUGUUCCAAUGACAAUUCUUAGAAAGUGCUUUCUCAACAAACAUUGCCAUAAUCAGCUGAAAUGGACAGAAAGCCAUUCAUCAGCUUAUCCCAAACCCUGCAUUGUCUUUGUUUUCAGUCAUUACCGUGUUAGAAGAUGCAUCUUUAUUCUAGUCUGCGGGCCAGCAUGCUUUUAAGCAGUGCAAGGUUUGUUCAUCUGGUUUUACAGUCCCUGAUGUCCUCACAGCAUUAUGCUGCCACCACCAUGUUUCACUGUAGGGUUGAGGAGUCAUGUGCUUUUUUCUGAAGAGUGAUUUGCAUCUGGACUCUGACUCUUACUUAAGAAUGAUAGACCUUUUUUUUUUUUUUUUUUUAGUACCCUUUUCCCAGAUCUGUGCCAUGACACAAUCCUGUCUUAGAGUUCUAGGUCCUUUGAACUUGUUUUUCACUAUGGCCUGCACUGUUAACUGCCCUUUAUUUGACUGUAAUAGCAGAGGGUCUUCUAUCAAUGUGAUAUU